AGAAAUACAAGAUGGCGGAGAGUGCGGAACUGAAGCAGAUGGUGAUGAGCCUGCGCGUGUCGGAGCUGCAAGUGCUGCUGGGAUACGCCGGCCGAAACAAACAUGGCCGAAAACAUGAGCUCCUGACCAAAGCCCUGCAUCUGCUGAAGGCUGGCUGCAGUCCUGCCGUACACCUGAAAAUCAAGGAACUAUACCGGCGUCGCUUCCCAGCCAAGAUCAUGUCCCACACAGAGCUUCCACUGAGCGGGCCCCACCACCCGGCAGCUGGAGGGGGUGCCGCUCUGCCUGGGCUCACACAGCUGGCGUACGAGGCCCAGGCGGGUCACGGGGGAGCGCCCUCGCCCGCCGCCCUCCUGCCCCUAUCUUUGCUGGGCCCUGGCAAGCACGAGCUGAGUCCCCUGAGCCACCGUCUGGGCAGCACCGGCUCCCUGCACCCCGUCCACCCUGACGUCAAACUGCAGCGGCUGCCCUUCUACGACCUACUGGAUGAGCUCAUCAAGCCCACUAGCCUCGCAUCGGACAGCAGCCAGCGUUUCCAGGAGACGUGCUUUGCAUUCGCCCUGACACCUCAGCAGGUGCAGCAGAUCAGCAGCUCCAUGGACAUCUCGGGGACCAAGUGUGACUUCUCGGUCCAGGUCCAGCUGCGCUUUUGUCUGUCGGAGACCAGCUGUCCCCAAGACGACCACUUUCCCCAAAAUCUGUGUGUCAAAGUCAAUGGCAAGCCCUGCAACCUGCCCGGUUAUCUGCCUCCGACCAAAAAUGGCGUGGAGCCCAAGAGGCCCAGCAGACCCAUCAACAUCACGUCCCUGGUGCGGCUGUCCACCACUGUGCCCAACACCAUCGUAGUGUCCUGGACUGGCGAGAUUGGAAGGAGUUACUCUAUGGCUGUGUACCUGGUGAAGCAGCAGUCGUCCUCAGUGCUGUUGCAGAGGCUGAGGGCCAAAGGCAUCAGGAACCCGGACCACUCCAGAGCCCUCAUCAAAGAGAAGCUGACCGCAGACCCAGACAGUGAGAUCGCCACUACCAGCCUCCGUGUGUCCCUGCUCUGCCCGUUGGGGAAGAUGCGAUUGACGGUGCCAUGUCGGGCGCUCACCUGCUCUCACCUGCAGUGCUUCGAUGCCACGCUCUACCUCCAGAUGAAUGAGAAGAAGCCCACCUGGGUGUGCCCCGUGUGUGACAAGAAGGCGCCCUACGGGCACCUCAUCAUUGAUGGGCUCUUUGUGGAAAUCCUCAACAACUGCACCGACUGUGACGAGAUUCAGUUCAAGGAGGAUGGCAGCUGGGCCCCCAUGAGGGCAAAGAAAGAAGUGCAGGAGGUUUCUGCUGCCUCCUACAACGGGCUGGACGACCACCUCAGCUCCUCCUCUUCCUCAGCCCUCUCCAACAACAACCACAGCAGCAGCAGCAGCAGUAAGAGGGUGGAAGUGAUUGACCUUACCCUGGACAGCUCCUCUGAGGAUGAGGGCCCGGAGUCCCCCACCCUGGUCCCUGCACCUGUCUCGGCUCCUGCCCCAGCCCCUACACCUGCACCUGUCCCUACUCCCGCCUCGACACCUGCCGCUCCUCCGCAGCACCAGAUUCACACACAGCCUCCACCCGUCAAGAGAGCCUGCCCUUCUCUGUCCCCAACGUCACCCCCUGUCAUCAACAAAGGAGUGUUGAACCUGCACCACCAAGCGUCCCCUGUGAGCCGUACACCCAGCAUGCCCACAGUGGAGACAGGUUACGUCCCCCCAGUACCCCCUCUCAUCCAGGACUAUCGGCCGUACUACCACACGCCCAACGACCUAUCAGAGUUGAGCUUCUUCUCUUUUCUCCAAGGCGACAAUCAUCAGCAUUACAACAUGGUCAUGGCCGCCGCCGCCGCCGCUGCCUCCGCCUCCGACGACCACGAGCUGCUCCUCAACCGCUUCCUGCCCUACAGCACUUCCUCCUCAGGCCACUCCCACAUGUACCUCAGCCAAUCGGGCGCCACCUCCGUCCCCUCGCUGACCACACCCACCAACGGCAUCAGCAGCAGCAGCUCGUCCAGCACCCACAGCAGCACCCACAGCAGCACCCACAGCAGCAUCCACAGCAGCACCCAUAACAGCACCCACAACCACCACGAUAGCCACUUAAGGGACCCCCACCUGAAUACUCACCCUCCCUCACAUGCCUCCACGCACAGCGCACAUCACCCAGGGGUGCUAGCCAGCCGCGCCAGCGGUGAAGCAGCUCUGGCAGCAAUAUACGGAGGAAUACCAGACAUCAUAUCAUUAGACUGACUAAAAAACAGCUUGGACCUAAAAAAAAUUACUGAUUUUGGUGACCUGCAGGGUAAACCUUUUGGAGUCUUUUGGCUACAGACUGCCUAGGAGCACCACAAAGGCCGGAGCGGUGAGGACGACUAGCCCCAGAUCCCGAAGUCUGGGAAGGAGGGAGGCUUGUGCACAGAACCCGGUACAGAUGUGGCACAAAACAUGUAAUGACCUUUUGUUAUGAAAGGGGGCACUGUGUACAGAGAACAAAAUCUAUUUUCCUCCUACUUUUGUACGCUGAGGCCGACCACAGCCUAGUGCUGCUUCAAGAACAGCUUUCACCCUCUCAAGGCUUGGACUGUACAUUUUCCUUGAUUGCCAUGUACACAUUUUUUUCUCCCCUACCAGACCUUUC